UUUCUCACCUUAUAAAUCCAAGCCUGGCCUCCUCGAUCACCUCCUCAUUCUCCUCUCACCUCCUCAUUCUCCUCUCCCGUCCAUUAUUUUGCCGAACCAGAUUGCUGUCGUACUUUUUUCUUGCACGAUAACCUGCAAGAUGUGUGACAUUAUGAGCUACGGGAAAUGGGAUUUCUGCGACGGAAUUCCAGUUGCUCAUUACUUGGAGCCAGGAGUUCGUUCUAAGAGAGUUCAUUUCUUUCAAGGACAAGACGUAGAUCUCUUCAAUGUGCAGGCAUUUGCAGAGCCUGCUUCUUGCUAUAACCAUAAUCAUCAGGGGAAAGAGGAGAAAAAUCAUAGGAAGAAGAAGGGCAGAAUGUGUUAUGCGAGUACUAAGAAACCAAAGGCUGUUGAUGAAGAUUUGUACAAGAUACCUCCUGAGCUACUGUAUCGUACUCCGAAGAGGAAGAGAAUGCUUAGAAAUUACUUCUCUGGGUGUCUGGGCCUCAACUGCAUUGCCUGAACGAGGAUUGUUAAUGAGUUGAGUUUUUGUAAUGAGUGGAGUUAUUGUUAGUGAUGUAUUCCAAGAGAAAAUGUAACAAAGAGUUUGCUUGCAAGA